GAAACUGCGCCUGCGUGAAACGCGGGCGGUGAGUCCAAAACAACCAAUGAGAGUGCAGGAUGUUCCUUAAUUCCCGCCCUCUAAGCCAUCAGCCGAUCGCCUGUCCUGGCGCGAAUGUUCGGUUGAAUCCAAAACAGAAAGUAGCCGCCCGCUGCGAGAUGGAGGCGACGGAGACGGAAGCAGAGGCGGUAGCUCGAGAGGUCCUGGCUGAGGUGGCAAAUGUUGUAGAACCUAUAGGCCUACAGGAAGAAACAGAGCUGCCAGCCCAGAUCCUGGCAGAAUUUGUGAGGAACUCUCGGAAGAAAGCCAAGUUACUCUGUAGCCAGCUUCAAGUAGUAGACUUUUUACAGAAUUUCCUGGCUCAACUGGACACUACCCAAGGUCUGGACCCCUUGGCUUCUGAAGACACAAGCCGACAAAACAUAAUUGUAGCCAAGCAGCAAUGGAAGGACCUUAAGGCCACUUACCAGGAACAUGUGGAGGCCAUAAGAAGUGCCCUCCCUGAGGCGCUGCUCCAAGUGGAAGAGGCCCAAAGGAAGCGUGUAGAACUCCAGGAAGCCAUUGAGCAGCUCCAGGCCAAGAAACAAGUGGCCAUGGAGAAAUUCAAAGCGGCCCAAAAGCAGUGGCAGCUACAACAGCAAAAGCAUCUGCAGGAUCUGGCGAAAGUUUCUGCAGAGGUGAAAGAGUGCCAGACUGGAACUCAGCAGAAGCUUGAGCGACUGUAUCAAGAACUUGGAGUUCUGAAACAGCAGGCAGCACAGGAGCAGAAUAAAUUGCAGAGGCAUCAGACAUUCCUUCAGCUACUGCAUACCCUGCAAGCAAAGCUGCCACUUUCUGAGACUGAAGGCCCUGUUGCCCCGGCAGCUGCCUCUCUUCCUGAGUCUCCCUAAGGGUGUUGGAGGCAGAAAAAACUGUGUUCUAUGUCCAUCUGCAUUUGACUUCCUGUACCCACUGAGGGGAUGGGAAGUGGGAAGGAGGUAAGACCUUAUAUUAUGGAUGAAUCUUAGUGCCUCAAAUCCAUGCUGGGUACACCAACACUCACCCCGCUUCCUUUUUCUCAGCGGAAUGGAUUCUGAAAUCCCAAGUAUAGUCAGUCUGAUUUCUGACCUUGACCCAUGUUGGGGGCAUCUCAAGUCUGGAUUAAAAGCCCUGGUUCUCUGUUUCCUGUGUGUUCAUCUUCGUGUGUUGGUAAGAAUGACUAAAGACACACAAAGACUAACAGCAUUUCAGGAGCUGAAACUGGUGUGAUUGAAGACCAUGAAGACAGCCAGGGCUCUCAGGAAUUGCUUUGUCAAACCCAUGUGCAGCACGCUGCUUAGCUUAGUUCUAAUAAAACAAAUGCUUUAUGCAAAUGAUUAGAUGUAAGGACAUAAUAGUGUUUGCUGACUAAAGUGUUGAGUCCCUGCUUUGUGCUAAGGGCCUUUGCUCUGAAUUGGAAGAGCUGUACCAGAGAGCUUAUCCUGUUAUACAGUGGCCUCCUGAUACUUUGUAGUUUGUGUUAUCUGAUACUUGACUUGAUUAUGCUUUACAGGUGUUCAUCAUUUUAGAUUUAAAUACGACUUUUGUGAUCCACUUGUUGUAUGUUAUUUCAUUGGUUUCUAGUGAUAACCUUGAUCAUUUCUUCCCUUCUAAUUUUGAAUGGAAAAGUGCUAUUUUUGUAACUUCUUAAUUUUUGAAGAUAACAUCUUAAUUUUGGAUCCUCAUUUUCUCAAGUAAACACUUAAGGUUAUAAAUUUCUUGACUUAUAAGUAUUUUCACAAUCAUUCAAUUGAUGACAUUAGUAUUAUGACAUUAGUGCAUUUAUUUCUUCACUUCAUGAGUUUCUUUUAAAAAAAAUUAAAGUUUUCUGCUGUAUGCUUAUUGAUAAGUAAUUAUUUCUUAGUUUAAUUUGGUUAGAGAAUGUUCUGUAUAUAAUAAAAGUUUAUGAGUUUAACAAGGGAAGCAGUUAUGUGGUCUUCAACUUUUUACUUUAGCCUAGAGAAAAUUUAUAUUUUAUAGUUUAAUGUAAUCUGUAUAUCUCAUAGAUUGUGUUUUUUUUUUAUAUAACUGUAUCUUAUUUUUAUGGUCUGAGUGGUACCUUUUGAGAGGACUGUGUUCAGCUCUUAUCUGUAAUAGUAGGGUUUUUUUCCUCUAAGUUGCUUCUACAUACUUAACAGCUCUUUAGAUGGUAUUUGUUUACAUUUGUAUCUUUUGAAUACAACCUUUACUGUUGUGUGGAUGCCUUCUUCAUUCAUAGGCUCUUUAGACUUUAAAUAUUAAUAUAAUCUUGUCAAGUCUUCUUUUCCUUUGUCUAGCGUGUAUUUUUGUUGAAUUUCAACCUCUUGACUUUUUAAAUCCUUAUGUUUAUCAUUUGCGUGUGGCAUUUGUAAAACUCAGGUUUCCUAAAAUAUUGUUCCUUAAAUUUUAUAUUUUUGUCUAUUUUUCGUUGUUUUCUAUUGUCUGUUUUUUAUCUUUUUGUUCAUUGUUGCAUUGUUUUGUAUUGUCCAUUUUAUCUUUUUUUAUUCUUUUCCUUGUUUAGAAGCUCUUCUCUGCUAGAUCAGUUUUAAUUCUAGAAGUUAACAGUCUAAAAUGUAAUUAAUAACGAUUAUGGUCUUAAGACAACAAAUAAAGCAUAAAAAACAUUACCAUUAAUGGGUCAUCCUACUGCUAAUUAAUAAGCUAUUUUUGUCAGGUUUAUUAUUUCUAGCUUGUUCAUGUUCUACAGGUUAGAUACUGUUUUAUUUACUCAACCUUAAAUUUAUUCAUUUGUUUACCAUUUUGCUGACUUUUUUACAUUGAAACCAUUCAUAUGAAAUAAUUUCAUCAUAUAAAAUAAAUGGCUCAGAAUUUUCUUUAGUUAGCAUCUGUAGGCUGUAGUAAACUUUACAUUGUUUUUAGUAUAAAAAUAUUGCAGUUUCAUUCUUAUAAAAAUACUUUAUGUAGAAAAUGAUUUUCAGCAAGUACUUUAUUGACCUAAUAAAGAUAUUUUCUAAUAACUAUCUAACUAUUCGUUGUUACUGAUAAGAAAGUAGCUCUCAGUUUAAAGUUCUUUCUAGGAUAGUUGCUUUCUCACUGGCUAUAUACAAAAUCCUUAAUAUGUAUUCUCUUUACUGUGUAACUUUACUGCUAUGAAUAAUGAAUAGUUUGGGGCUGGCUUUUAAUUGCAAACAGUUGGGCUUUCUGAUUGCAAUUAUCAGUCUUUCAAUAAUUCUAGAAUAUUUUAAGCCUUAUUCUAUAAAAAAUAUUCUUCCUUUUUUUAUUAGCAUCUUUUAAGAUACCAUUUGGGCUUAUAUCUCUUUUUCUUCAUAUCAUAUAGAUGCUUUUGUAAUCAUCAUUUAUCUCUAGAUUACAUUUUGAUUUCCUUAAAUCUGUUUUGAUUUACAUGUAGCAAAUCUAUUAUUUAAUCAUUUGUGUCUUAAUUUUGAGUUUUUAUUUUAAUAUCAAAAAUUUAUAUUAGAUUCCAGUCUACUAUUUUUGGAUUUUUCUUUUUAUUAUUAUUUUUUGCUGUGCCUUAAAGCUUAUACUUGAUCUGAUUUAUUUUACCUUAUUCAAAAUGCAUGUAGAAAAAAACAAAAUACAUGUAGAUUUUUGUUAUGUGGUUUAGUUUAUGAUGUUAUAAGCCUACAUUGUAUAUUCCCUAUUUUUUUGUAUGGUUUAUGCUGUGUGUCUAUGAACUGCUCUUUUUUCUGAACUUCAUCCUUCGAGAUACUUUGUAACCUGAUACAAAAUUGAGAAAAUUGAGCUUAGAUUUAGAUUUAGAUCAGUGACAUAGCAUCUGCUUUGCAAGUGUGAGGUCAUGACUUCAAUCCCCAUUACCAAAAAAAACCAUAAAAUUGAGCAAAUGAAUGCUUUCUUCUUCUAGUAGUUGCUGGGUACUAUCAAUUUAACAUCUAGAAAUAUUUAAAGUAUACUUUUUAAUAUUCUUUUCAUUGUGCUAUUCUGUUAAUCAUUCCUGCUGCCUGUUCUCUCGUUCUCAUUAAUAUUUCCCAAAAACUUUUCUAUAUUGGUUGUCUAUGAGAAGCACAAUCUUUGGCUUUUAUGACAAUUGAUAUAUAUUUUUUUCACUUUUAUUAUUUUACGGUUGUCUUUCAUUUUUAUUGUCUCUAUAGCCUGAAUUCACUUGGUUUAUUUUUGAAUAUUUGUUUAAUUAAAAACAGUAUUUUAACAAUGUGCAUUUUUUUAAUAAUAAAACAUUUUUGGUGUUUUAUUUGGUGUUUGAUUUGAUAUCUGCCCUGAGAAAAUUUCAUAUUGUAAUACUUAAGUCUGUUAUUUUAAUAGACUUGUAAGUUUUAAUAUUAAUUUUUUUUAAAUUAAGGAAUUUUUCUUUAUUGCUUUUACUUCUCAAAUUUAUUCAAAAGUGUUUGCUUUCUAAGUGAAUUUAAAAUAAUUUUCUUUGUUUUUAGUACUGUUUUUAGUACUUUGUUUAGUACUUUGUUUAGUACUUGUUUAGUACUUUGUUUUUAGUACUUUGUUUUUUGUGAUGUACCAUUAUCUAUAUUUAUUUCAUUUCAUUUGCAUCAAAUAAUAUGGGAUCUAUGAAUUAUUUCUUGAAUACAUUAGUUACAUAUGUGCAUUUGUGAAUAUAUGGUUUUUAUAUAUGUGUAUGUGAUCAUAUGCCAGUGGUGGUGAACUUAUGGGACACAUGUUAUUGUGGUUUUCUUUUAAGAAAAAAAGUUUUUGUAGAAUUGUUUUUCUAAACAAAAACCUCAGUAUUCAGGUUUAAUUGCAAAGUUGAUACUUUGCAAGCGAUAAGUGGGUUUUGGAUUGCAAUAUGGCACUCUGUCUAAAAGGUUUGCCAUCACUAUCAUAUACUCUUAAAGGAUUUUAUCAUUUCUGUGCAUCAUUAAAUCCACUGUAUCAAGGAAAAUUCCUAUCAAAGGAAAACACAGCACUGUUGAAAAUGUAAAUGAUUGACAAAAUGAAAAUGCAACAUAUACAGUCCUUAUAUAACAGAUAUUCCACAUUUUUUAUGUAUGACUUACAGUUUGUAUAUACUUUUACAAAAGUAAAACCCAAAGAGUAUGAGUAAAAUAAAUAGGACUUCUUUUACAUCUAAACUAUUUUUUUCUUAGAUAAAAUAUUGAAGACUAGGGAUUUAGCUCAGCAGCAUGAGCACCUGCCUUGCAAGCAGGGGGUUGUGAGUUCGAUCCCCGAUACCCAUUAAAAAAAAAAAAAAAGAUAAACCAUUGAAAAUCCUCUAACACACUGAGGCUUUCUGAAGCUUUCCACUCCCAUCUAGACAGUCAACCAGUUGGUAGGAGUGGGUUUCAAGAAAACAAUAAGAGAUAAAAUUUGUUCAAAGUACUAUUAUAAUUCUUUCUUGAAUGUCCUUAUAUAGGUGAUUUACUCCUGUUAGGUAAAUACAAGAUGUAAUGAAAAAAAGCAGUGAAUAUCUAAGUUUUUAGAAAAUGUAUUGUAAUAAUGCAGCUGCAAGCAGAAACACCAAAGUACUACCCAAGAUAUGGAGGCAGAUCUUUUAACAUUGGAUGAACACUUACAGGGAAUUAAUUGUUUCUUAAAAUGUAGCACUGAAGGCCCAGGGCAACAGGUUUUCAUAGCAUUGCAAAAGGGGGUGGGUACAGAUGUAGAGUACUUGACUGUCUUUGGUGGCUUCUUACAAUAUGCAUCAUGGUGACCAGCCUAGGAGACAGAAGUCUCCAGAACUGCAACAGGAACUAUUACCUGGGCAACUAAAAAACCUAAGUACAGGGGCUGGGAUUUAGCUCAGCGGCAUAAGCACCUGCCUUGCAGGCAGACGGUCGUGAGUUUGAUACUGUUAAAAAUAAAUAAAUAAAUAAAAAUAAAAAUUUAAAAAAAGUA